CCACUGCUAAAACCGUUCUUAAACCCCCAAAACUCGAAAAGCCGCACCGCGUCGUUAUGAUGGCGUUUUCUAGGGUUACAGUCACUAGUUCUUCUCUGUUUCGUCGGAGUUUUCUGUCAUCCCUCAAUCCUCUAUCUGUAUCUCCUUUCACUCUCACUCUUCAAUCAAUUCGUAGAGUCACUCUCUCUGCUUCUCUCUCUACCCAAGAAUCAACUCCUUCAAUUGAAUAUGCAUCCCCCAAGAAUAGCAACCGUUGGAAGCCAAUGUGUUUGUACUACACGCAGGGUAAAUGCACAAUGAUGGAUGAUCCUGUACACCUACAGAAAUUCAAUCAUAAUUGCUCUGGGGAGCUUAAAUUAAAUGCGUCGGAGUGCAGGAACAUGCGGUCUCAGCAGUUAGAUUUUUUUCUUGUCCUUGAUUUAGAGGGAAAAGUUGAGAUUCUUGAGUUUCCUGUUUUGAUGAUUGAUGCAAAAACCAUGGAUGUUGUGGACUUCUUCCACAGGUUUGUAAGGCCCACAGAAAUGAGUGUGCAAAGGAUAGACGAAUAUAUUGAGGGAAAGUACGGAAAACUAGGCGUUGAUCGUGUCUGGCAUGAUACAGCUAUCCCAUUUAUGGAAGUUAUUGAACAAUUUGAAGUUUGGAUGGCUCAGCAUCACUUGUGGGGAAAGGAGCUGGGUGGGCCUCUAAAUAAAGCUGCAUUUGUAACUUGUGGGAAUUGGGAUUUGAAAACAAAGGUACCUCAGCAAUGCAAAGUAUCAAAGAUGAAACUUCCCUCCUACUUUAUGGAAUGGAUAAAUUUGAAGGAUGUCUAUCUGAACUUUUACAAUAGGAGGGCCACAGGAAUGAUUACAAUGAUGAAGGAACUUCAAAUACCAUUGCUAGGAAGUCACCAUCUUGGGAUCGAUGACACAAAAAACAUAGCAAGAGUGUUGCAACAGAUGCUCGCCGAUGGUGCACUUUUACAGAUUACUGCAAGGAGAAAUCCUAAUUCUCCCGAAAAUGUUGAAUUUCUUUUUAAAAAUCGUAUUAGGUAGAUGCUCGCAGACGGCUUGGUCCGCAUAUUUGUUUUGCACAAGGUUUACAUUGCAAUUGUAAUAGUAUGUCAUUGCUAAAAAAGGAGGAAUUUGAUUUCUCAUAA